AACCAUCUCUCUAGCCCCUACAUUUGCUGUCUUCUAAUUCUUUAGUUCACAAAUGUCUCACUGGGGUAAAAUCAAGGUGUCAGCAGGAUAUGGCUCCUAAUGAAUGCUUGAGUGGGUAAUUCAUUCUCUUAGCUUUUGCUGCUUCCCGAGGCCACCCAUUUCUUUACACCAUGGCUCCCUUCUUCAGUUCUCAGUGCCAGCAUUGUAUGAGUUGCUGGUUCAGUGGUUAAUAGUGUGUCAAAGCUAGGAUUACUAUGGCUGUAGUGAAACACCAUGUCCAACAGCAACUUGGGGAGGAAAGGGUUUGUUUCACUCACACUUUCAUAUAGCAAUUCAUCGUCAAAAGCAGUGAGCAGGGCAGGAACCUGGAGGCAGGAGUUGAUGCAGAGGCCAUGGAGGGGUGCUGCUUACUGGUUUGCUUCUCAUGACUUACUCAACCUAAUUUCUUAUAGAACCCAAGACCAACAGCCCAAGGGUGGUACUCCUCACCAUGGGCUGGGUCCUCCCCAAUUAAUCACUAAUUGAGAAAAUGCCCUACAAGUUUGUCUACAGCCAUAUCUUGUGGAAGCAUUUUCUCAAUUGAGGCUCCCCCCUCUUCAAUGAUUCUAGCCUGUGUGAAGCUGACACAAAACUAGCCAACACAGAGUGCUUGCUGCUUCUGCAGAGGACCUGAGUUAGGUUCCCAGCACCCACAUUGGGUGACUCACAACUGCUGUGAGUCCAACAUCAGGGCAUAUGAUGCUCUCUUCUGGUGACCACAACCCUCCCCCACACACUUUCCUGCAGACACAUACAUAUGCACACAAGUAAAAAUAACAUAUUUUUUUAAAGCCAGCAAUGUCAGGCUGAGAACAUCUGUGCUGAUCGAUAGCUCUGGUUUUCCUCUUUUUUCUCACCCUGCACAUUUAAGAAGCCUUGUGAUUAUGGUGGACACACCUAUGUACUCUGAAAUAGUCUCCCUUCUUUAAGCUCAACUGAUUAUCAAAUUCAUUCUCCAUUUCUAAGUAAGGCAAUGUAUUCCAUUUCUAGGAAUUAGGAUGAAGUGUCUGUGGGGCAUGGUACCAUUCUGCACAUAUACUGUAGAAAUGCAUCUUUUGCAAAACAGAUUUAGAUCAUAUUUGGGCCUUUUUAAAAAGUUUGGGUAGUGUUGCUUUUGUGUGUGUGUGUGUGUGUGUGUGUGUGUGUGUGUGAGAGAGAGAGAGAGAGAGAGAGAGAGAGAGAGAGAGAGAGAGAGAGAGAGAGAGAGAGAGAGAGAGUUUCAUAUGUAGCUCAAGUUGGCAUGGAACUCAUGGCGAUCAUUUUGCCUCAUGCUCCCAAGUUCUGGAUUAUGGGCAUGACCCAUCAUAACCACCCUCAUUUUGGUAGUUUUUUGCCUGAGUUUUAUCUCAUUUUGAUGUUGAGCUGGGAGAUUGGUGAAUGUGCAUGUAUUUAUUUGUGGAGGUUUGUUUAUCAUGGUGUCACAUUUGAGUCCCUCUCUAUUAACUAUGGGGGAGGAAGAAGAAGGGUGCCUGGAGGGGGUGCCUAAUAAAGUGCUGCUGCUCUGUGGAGCCUCAAUGCCUUGUUUUGUUGUUAUGAACAAUAAAACUAAUGACAAGGUUCCUCUCUGCAUGUUUUGGUUGGGUAUGUUCUUCUGUCCCCCAACAAUCUCCUGACAUUCAGUGUUAUGAGAAUACUGAGAUUCGUUUGUGAUCUUUGUACUGUCUGAGUUUAUCUAAAGGCUCCUAGACACUGGAGUUAGGCAUCAGUGAGCAUGAUACAUGUACAUCGGUGUAUGUGGUCACAUGUGGGGACACACAGAAGCUUUUUCAGAAAUCCCCAAAGGUAUCCAGGCAGAAAGACUUGGAAGAGAGAAAGGGGAGCUAGAAGAGGAAAGAGCAGGAAGACAGACCCAUCAGGAGGGAAGAAUAAUGGAAAGAGGAAGAGACGGUGAUGGAAGUGAGAUGAGGGCACAAGGAAAGGUCAGAAAAGAGCAGAAUGGAGCUCCCAGGAUCUGCAAUUUAAACUGAAAAUAAAUGAAAAUUGGCAAGUCGAUUCCCUUCAGUAGUACAGGCAGAAGAUCUAGGUAUGGUUCACUUUUGAAGAUCCAGGUCUCUGGGCCUCAGAGAUCUGGGACGGCUGAAACAGGUAAUUGUCAGGUACAAAGAAAAGGGGGGAAAGAACGUUGGAAAUAAGAACCCAAAGGAAAAGGAUGGAGAAAAUAGAAACUUCGGGCGAGGCGGGGGUUGGGGGUAGGGGAAGGACUGAGAGAGAGCCCUAACCUGAGAGGCAGGAAUGUAGCUGCCUGCUUCCAGCCCUUAUCCCAAAGACUAGGUGUCCCCAGACCUUAAUAGGCAAGGCAGGAAGAUGAGGCGCCAGGAGUGACAGCCACAUGCCAACACUCAGAGGCCUGCCAAAGCCACACAGUCCAGGACCCAAGCUUCCGGGCCCCCAACCCCCAGAUGUAGGUGUGCCAGCCACCUGGGAUGACUCAUGCCCUGGCGAUGUGGGCACGCAUGCCAAGAGCGAGCCUGGGCACCCUGCCCACCGAAGGCACACCAAAGGCCAAGGGGGAGAUUCGCGCUCCUCAGGGACUCGCUCACGGGGUAGGGGUUGGGGGGGCUACCAAACCCAACAUUGCCGCCUUGCCCACAGCUCAUGCCCUGGUGCUCACCUUCUAGGCUCUGGGACCUAGGUGUCUUGGUCUUUACACCCUGCUCCCCAAAACCUUACUAGGAAAGCGGGAGAACCAGAUGAGGCAUUACGCAAGGUCUGCUGUUUACCUCCUGCAUGGGGCCUCCUCCCUCCCUAUAAAACCUGACGUGGUGAGGAGACGCGCUGAGUCCGAUCUGGGUAAGCGAGGCAGCCCGGGAGAGGGGUAGGUAGGAAGUGCAAAGUGAAUGAGGGAGGCGCAACGAGGGGCAUCGAGUCAGCACGCAGCGGGGGUGGUCCGCCACCUGCGCCCUCGGGGGCGGCUGCUACCGUCGCGGAUCAGGGUGCGUCCGGACCCCGGCUUUCCAUGGAGGCUCCCGAGCUGGGCCCGGGGUUGGUGGAGCGUCUGGAGCAGCUGGCGACGUGUCCGCUGUGCGGGGGCCCCUUCGAGGACCCAGUGCUGCUGGCGUGCGAGCACAGCUUCUGUCGCGCGUGCUUGGCGCGCUGCUGGGGGACCCCGGCGGCGCCGGGCUCGGAGACGGCGCCCCCUUCCUGCCCCUGCUGUGGCCAGCCGUGUCCCCGACGCAGCCUGAGGUCUAACGUGCGUCUGGCAGUGGAGGUGCGCAUCAGCCGUGGGCUGCGAGAGAAACUGGCGGAGCCUGGUGCUCGGACUGGGAGACGACGCGGGGGCCGCAUCCCCACCAUGGGCUGCCUGGACCCGCAUGGAGAGGAUAUGAGGAAGACAUGGAGGCGAUUUGAUGUCCCAACACCCAAGAUAUCUAACUCAGAGGAAGAGCUCCCUGAAGAUUACCCUGUGGUAAAAAACAUGCUCCACAGACUGACAGCUGAUCUGACCCUUGACCCUCGCACUGCACACCGUGGUCUGCUCAUCUCCUCUGACUACCGCGGCGUGAGUCUGGCUCCACCUGGAACGCCAGAGCCGCUGGACAGUCCCGCGCGCUUCGAUCAGCUCCCAGCGGUGUUGGGUGCGCAGGGCUUUGCGUCAGGGCGCCACUGCUGGGAGGUAGAGACCGUGAAGGGCGCGUCCUUCAGAGACUCUACCGCGGAGGAUGAGGAUGGAGGAGAGAGCUGCUACGCCGUGGGCGCGGCUGGGGAAUCCGUGACACGCAAGGGCCUCAUCAAGCUGUGCCCAUCGGAGGCUGUAUGGGCCGUGGAGGGCCGCGGCGGCCGCCUGUGGGCGCUCACGGCCCCAGAGCCCACUCUGCUGGGCGGCGCCAGGCCCCCGCCGCAGCGCAUUCGCGUGGACUUGGACUGGGAGAGGGGCCGUGUGGCCUUCUAUGAUGGCCGCUCCUUGGACUUGCUCUUCGCCUUCCAGGCACCGGGCCCCCUCGGGGAGCGCGUCUUCCCGCUGCUCUGCACGUGUGAUCCCCGAGCCCCUCUGCGCAUCGUGCCGGGAGAAGGCUGAGGGUCUGGUCACCUACCUCCUAGCCUAGCCUAGCCCGGAUGCCUCGAGGCUACUUAUCUUCCCUGCAGAAAUCCCCACCUAUUUCAGUGAUCUUGUCUGUACACCUGCCGCAGCAGGAGUAUUAAUAAGCACCCUUUACCCACUCACAUUCUUUCUCCCAAAGCAAGACCUCAAACUGGCUUGUACAUCCGUGCCUUUAAGCCAGUCUGGUCCUGCGUCUCCAUGCCCUAACCCAACCUUUUCUUUGAGUUCUCUUUCUGUACCAUUCCAGACAGGGAUAGAGAAAGGCUCUGUACCACCAGUACUGGGAAACAGUCCACAUUCACCUCCAAUCCCAAAGGGCCUAGGGCCUGAUCCACCGCAGGAAGUCUGGAGUCUCCUGCUGAUGUCCACUCUGAGGACUCCCCUCAAGAAAAAUAAGUUCUCCUAAAAUAAGAUGCUUAACUCAUAACUUAAGCCACUCAGACCUGAAGCCUAAAACAAAUUUUGGGAUGUGUAUGCAAGCCAGUCCACCCUCUACAUUUCUUUUAUGACUGUUUUCUAUGCUGAUAGCCGUUUUUCUUUAAAUGUCCUCUUGGAACUUCAUAUUGCACACAAAAGAACCAAUGGUGCUACCCACCUUCUCAACCAGGGAGCAACCCAGGCAUCCCAAAUAUCCUUGUAUAGCCCCAUCCUCCCUAUGUGUAUAAAUCAGCCUGUAUUUAACACAUUGUGUAAUGUUGGGUUAUUUAUUUUGUGCAUCUGUGGCAAUAAAUGAGAUCUCAGUGGUG